UGCUGUCGCCCUGGAACUGGGCGCAAAUAAAAACAUUCAGAAACAGCCGACAAGUACGCCGUGGCAUCCCGACAGUCCUCGGCCCCUCAGAGUUCCCCGGGCCUUCCCCGUUUGCGUCACUCUCGUUAUUCAUCCUCCCGGCAGACAUGCCCGUCGUUCAGGGAAAACAUGGUCCACUUGUUGGUGCCAUUGAUGAGGGAACAAGUAGUGCGCGUUUCCUGAUUUUUUCUGCAGAAACCAAACAAAUUGUUGCUAGACAUCAAAUACCUCUGAGUUUGAUUUAUCCAAAGGAAGGAUGGGUUGAACAAGACCCUGUUAUGAUUCUUAAUGUAGUGAGAGAAUGCAUAUCGCAAGCGGUGGAUAAUCUUGUAGCAGAGGGCUGCUAUGCAUCUGACAUUGUUGCUGUCGGUAUUACAAACCAGCGUGAAACAAUUGUAGCCUGGGACAAAACAACUGGUGUACCUUUCCAACACGCCAUAGUCUGGCAAGAUAUGCGUACCAGUCAUAUGAUUGAUGAAUUGAUUCAAAAGUUACCUAAUGCAGACAAAAAUGGCUUAGCUAGCAAAAAUGGCCUUCCUCUUAGUCCUUACUUUAGUGCGAGCAAGAUUUCAUGGCUCUUGCAAAAUAAUCCAGAAGUAAAACUUGCUUUGGAUGAAAAUCGUCUUCUUGUUGGGACCAUUGACACUUGGCUUAUUUGGAAUCUUACUGGUGGUGUUAAUAAUGGUCUUCAUAUUACUGAUGUCUCAAAUGCUUCCCGCACAAUGCUUAUGCAUAUUGAGUCUCUCAAGUGGGAUCCAUCCCUAUGCGAAUUCUUUGACAUUCCUAUGAAAAUUCUACCAGAAAUUCAUAGCUCAUCUGAAAAGUAUGGGGAGAUUGCAGAGGGAAAGAUACAAGGUGUGCCUAUUUCAGGUAUACUAGGAGACCAGCAUGCAGCCCUGGUUGGACAAAUGUGUUUUAAGUCUGGGCAAGCAAAGAGCACAUAUGGCACUGGUUGUUUUUUACUUUACAGUACAGGAGAAAAGAGAGUGGAAUCCAAAUUCGGUCUAGUGGCAACGGUGGCCUACCAAAUGGGACCACACAAGAAGCCUGUGUACGCUCUAGAAGGCUCUGUGGCUGUAGCAGGUGCAGCUUUCAACUGGCUGCGUGAUAAUGUAGAUAUGCUGUCUGACAUAAGCCAGAGUGAAGCUCUCGCCGACAGUGUGGGAAAUACAGGAGAUGUAUACUUUGUGCCUGCCUUCUCCGGUCUCUAUGCUCCCUACUGGAUUUCAGAUGCUCGCGGAGUUAUGUGUGGAAUUUCUGAAACAACAUCUCGUUCUCAUAUCAUCCGAGCAACUCUAGAAGCUGUUUGCUUCCAAACUAGGGAUAUACUCGAUGCAAUGAAUGGGGAUUGUGGGGUGCCUCUCUCUCGCCUUCAGGUUGAUGGUGGGAUGACUGCUAACCAUUUGCUGAUGCAGCUACAGGCUGAUCUCAUUGGUAUUCCAGUUGUGCGGCCUAAGAUGGCAGAAACAACAGCAUUAGGAGCAGCUUUAGCUGCAGGCUGUGCUAGUGGAAUUGAUCUUUUCGACUUGGAUAAUAUUGAGAGAAUGCCUGCUGAUGUUUUUGAACCAAAAAUCACGGAAGAAGACCGCAAUGAGCGUUAUAAUAAGUGGAAGAUGGCAGUAGAGCGCAGUCUUGGGUGGGAAACCUAAAGUAUUUUUAAAAGUUCACCAAAGUAUUGGGAUACAUUGUUCUCAUCUUGUAUCCCUUUCUCAAGUACUUGAGUUGAUUUUGUGAUAUUCGUCUGAGGGUGCCUCAACAAUGAGCAAAGGCAGUAUGGCUUGAGACCAGGCGACCCGAGGGAACCUGAGGCGUUUGUGCAACUUGUAGCCUGUCUCAAGCCUCCUACAUUUGACUACUUCCAUCAAUUUUGAGGGCACCUUUACAAGUCUUACCAUCAGUCCAACCCCUUGUUUUAGUGAGUGCCCAUACUCUACUCUGUUUUAUUCAAGUCUCACUGUUUAUAAUUUUAUGUGUGAGUGUGCGUUUUGCAUUACUACUCCAUGAAUGUGAUGUCCUAGAUAUUUAAGCCACAAAGAUGCAUUUAGAUUGUCGAGAAGCACAUGAAAUAAGUUACUUAAAUGCCUCAGAAGCUAUCAGGGUGUUAAUUUAUGGACCAGUUCUCUAAAGACGCGUUUUUAUAACAAAAACAUGAAUGAAUUUUAGAAUGUUUAUAUUUUUUGUAGAUACCGUUAUAUUGUACUGAGAGGUGUACUUAUGUCAUCAGCCACAGUAUUAAUAUUUGUCACUUUUUGAAGUGUAGGAAAUAUAGCUAUACAAAUUUAAAACUGAAAAA